AUACAUACAUACAUACACACAUACAUAUACACGUGUGUCUGGCCAAAUCUCUCACUUUGCACCGAUCUCCAAGAAGCGACGGUCUGAUAGAUUCAUUACCUGCAAGCAAACAUCGGCACCAAACACACGCACAUACAUAUAUAUAUAUCCACAUUUACACACACACAUAUAUACAUACAUAGACGCAUAUAUAUAUAUAUAUAUAUAUAUAUAUAUACUGAUAUACACCCAACUAAUAUAUACCGUACUUUAUAACCAAAGGACAGCAGCCAUACGAUUAUAAAUUCCGAAACUUACUAUCUCAAAAAUGAAGUUUGAUGUUCUGUUGAACCAUAUCGGUUCCUUGGGAAAGUUCCAAAGAAUUAUGAUCUUAUGGAUUUAUCUAGGUGCCAGUAUGGAUGGCUACCAUUAUGGAAUCAGUGUAUUUAUCUUACCAACAAAAAAUCACAGGUGCGCUUUACCGGAUCUUCCGAAUGAUACGUACAAAAGCCAAGGCAGUUACCAUGAUACUUUAGUCAACAAAACGAUACCCUAUGAGUUCAAAGAUGACCAGUACGUUUACGACAAAUGCCACAUGUAUAACUCAAGUCUCGGUGAAAAUGGCACGAAGAUGCAGUGUAAUUCUUGGGUGUACGACCAUUCCGUCUUCAGAACAUCAGUUAUAGAAGAUUUGGAUCUUGUUUGCGAUCGAAGUCUCAUGUCAGCGAACUGUAUCGUGGUUUUUUUCUUUGGUGUGCUACUUGGCGUAGUGACACUGGGAAACGUAUCGGAUGUCGUGGGAAGAAGAACUGUGAUGAUGUAUUCCAUCUUGCUACAAGGUUCAGCUGCUUUAGGGAGCGCAUGGGUCAAUAACAUUUACUUGUUUUAUCUUUUGCGAUUCCUAACAGGGAUUGGAUGUUCAGGUUCUUACAUACCAACGUUUAUCUUAGGUAAGUUCGGUGUCAUAAGGUAAGUGACGAGAUCUUUGUAAAGUGAAGGAGACUGGUUCAAAGGGAGACUCCAGUUGGACAUCGGCAGUGAUACAUCUGGUUCUAAUCGCAGAGAUUCUACAAAACAUUGAAGUACCUCUCCACAGUGGUGACGGCCUGUAGACUGCACGUUCGUCGAUACGUGUCAUCAACUCUCAUUCUGUUCUGUUGUUUCCUGCAAAAGAGAAAAGGUCACUCGAAAUAGUCUGCUGCAUUUAAAAGGGAAAAAUUAACUUGUGUUAAGACUUCUUCCGUUGCAGAUGAAUAACAGGACGAGAGGUGUUCAUGUGCUGUUCCAAAGAGGAAGGGCGCUCGGUCUAUAGUCUAUGGAAGCCCUUCUGGAGCAGAAGAAUGUGAUGAAGAGGUGAGAUUGGUAUGGUUGGUGUUUUUGUUUGAAUUGUUGAAUGUCAUUUGGGAGUUUUGGAGUGAGAACUGUUCAACAACUACCAACAAACUAUUCUUAUCGAAGAAAAAUAAACUAAACCAGCAAUGUUCGCGUAUUAAAACCGGAUUGAAAUUAAGCCAUUGCCUUUCAAGAAUUUUAUUUUCAGAUAAUUAUUUAAAAUAUUAUAAAAAAACCAUUCAUUGAGCAAGUUUCUACGUUUCUUUCACUCACUUUUUUUCACACAUAUCUUAGCGAUUCAAAGGAUCUUCUAACCGUUGGUACUAUGUACACACACAUACGUAUAUUGUCCUAUGUUCGAACCAUGCUGCUGAAACGGCAAUAAAUAUCGAAGUGCACUCUGAUUAUCAUUAACUAGAUCUUUGAUUCUUAUUUGUACAACAUUUUCUUUUUAUUUGGCUUCCAGUAUAUUCUGCUAACAUGUGGCUUCUAUGAAUAUAUAUUAAUCUACAGUAAGUAGCUCAAUCAACAACACAGAGAGAAAAUUCUUGUACGAUAGCAAAAGAAAAAACAAUAUUCAAUGUAACAACUUAGUUCCUCCGAAAUAUUCAUUAGGACCGCAAAUUAACUCUUUAGUCUGGUUUAGAAGAAGGAGCUACGUGUUUAGUUUAGUUUAGAAGAAGGGGGUGUGUUCAUAGCCUUCCCAGAGCCUCCAAGACCGACAAAACCGAUGUCGUUAAGGUUUUAUACUUGAACUGUUGUAUACAAGCGAUUUCUGAAGAAAGAAAGCCAUUUGCACGAAGAGAAAUCUUGAGAGGUUGACGUUGAUGGAAUGGACUGGGCAUUGAGUGGGACCUUGUGGUUUGGAGACAUACUAAGGAUAAGGAAAUUAGGGGUAACCAGUAAGUCUAGAAUGCUUGGCUGGGACAUUCAGAUACGAGGAACGUAGACUUCUGAAGUAGCGCCAGAAAAAGCAGAGAGAGCGGUGGGGGAAACAGCACGUCUGUAAUAGGGAAUGUUAAGAAGUUUGCCCUGCAAUUAUUCGAUUUUAAACAGGUAAACUGAUAAAAAUAUAUCUUUGAUAGGAUGCCAGUCUUUUGCAGAUGAUUUCCCCAGAUAUUGUAACUUUUCCCAACGUAGAGGAAAAGCGAAGUACAUAAAAUAGGCCGAGGUUUUGAACUCAAGAUAGAAGUGCAUAUUUCGUUUCUGACGACGGCAUCCCUUUUUUGGUAUAUCUUCGGUUAGAAGAACGGAUAAACAUAAAAGAACAAAAGAGGUAUUAAAAGGAAAAGAAGAAACAAAGAAUAAGAUAAUUUCAUUCAGAAAAAGUAGUGUCUUGAAAAACAAGAAAUCUUUAAACUUUAAACAAGGCAGCUGUCAAAAGUAUGGCAGCUGUCAAAAGUAUGGCAGCUGUCAAAAGUAUGGCAGCUGUCAAGAGUAUGGCAGCUGUCAAAAGUAUGGCAGCUGUCAAAAGUAUGGCAGCUGUCAAAAGUAUGGCAGCUGUCAAAAGUAUGGCAGCUGUCAAAAGUAUGGCAGCUGUCAAAAGUAUGGCAGCUGUCAAAAGUAUGGCAGCUGUCAAAAGUAUGGCAGCUGUCAAAAGUAUGGCAGCUGUCAAAAGUAUGGCAGCUGUCUACAUUUCGGUCGAAGUAAGUAGAAUGUUUAGUUGUAGAAGUUUAUCAGUAUUUUGUAGGAAAUUUAGAUGUGGGCCACAAGAAUUGGAAAUAGAAAAUACAAGAUUAAAAUAUUCUUGGUAUAAGGCAUUGAUUUUGUUAAUAUAUCAUUUUAUAUCAAUGAGACGAAGGGUGUUUCUAGAAAUAGCAACCGAAUCGCCUUCAAACCUUAUACUAUUAUCAUAAAACAAGAAAGACUUACUGAAUAAUAGAGAUGUAAGUAUUCUAUACAGAUGGUCAUGCUUGGAAGGAACAUCUUUGAUUAAAAGUUGUGCUAUCAUAGCAACUUCGUGAAGAGAUUCUCUGAUAUUAAUUAUAUACAGGUUGUGGACAAGUUUAGAGCUAAGUGAGCGGGAUGGCUAGCUUGGACCUAUUCUUGAUUUUUAGAGUCACAUAGAAAAUUAUGUACGAAUGGAUGUGCUGUAUUUCGUUCGCCAAUUCUUUAGUAUUUACUGGUGACAUAUUUAGUGUCGAAGGCGGCGAGCUGGCAGAAACAUUAGCACGCCGGGCGAAAUGCUUAGCGGUAUUUCGUUACGUUCUGAGUUCAAAUUCCGUAGAUUGCUUGAGAUGUUUAGCGGGAGUCGAGGUGCCACAUUGUUACUAGGCUAUUUGUAAUGUAUAGGGAGAUUCGUGGUUUGCUUUCAAUAAGGGCUGGUGAAAGAAAGACACCCUGUGUGAACAUUAAUGUUUGGCUUAUAAAUGAUUAUAUUAGAAGGUAUAAUAAGUCUAUAAAAAAGAAGUGGUCCUAAAACAUUACUAAUAUCGCUAUUAUGGUGUACAUGUGUUUUGAAUUUAUCUCGUCCCAUGAUUAAAAUAAUUUCUAACACAGGUAUAGAAUCACAUAUGUUUGUAUAAUGGAGGUGGCGGCGAGGGUGAGUGGUAGUCGUUUAAGCUGACUCCAGCGCAUACUUGUAAUGUAUUUCAUUAAUUUGGAAGGAAUAAAUACAAAUUUAACCGCGAUAAGAUUCCUACACAGAACAAAAGAGACAGAACAAAAACCGUAACGUAUAUUAUUCCACGUUUAUCUAGGUAACUUUCCAAUGAAAUAAUUUUGUUUUUAUUAGUUUUGUUGUGUAGACGAUCGAUGUUUGUGUCGUGUGUUGCGAGAGUAAAAGUUUAAAAAUGAUUUUGAUGGUCUGCAAUUUGUUCCAAAUUAUUUGUUACUCAGAAAUAUUCAGACUGCUGAUAGGAGGAUAUGAAUAUCAUUCUUUAGCGUUGAGGGUAUUUCGUCUGUCUUUACGUUCUGAGUUCAAAUUCCGCCGAGGUCAACUUUGCCUUUCACCCUUUCGGGGUCGAUAAAUUAAGUACCAGUUGCGUACUGGGGUCGUCUAAAAAUUUCGAGCCUUGUGCCUAGAGUAGAAAAGAUUCUUUAGCGUUGAAUAGACAAGGCUUUUUUAAAGUUUUAUGAGGCGUCGUCUGUAAUGGCUACAAUCAUAAAUGUGUUUUGAGCUGUAGACCGAUUAUAUAAACAUCUAGAGUUUACGAUAAACCACAGAGACAUGUUGGAUACAGUUCAGGCAUUCUUUUACAGCUUUCAGUCAUGGGACUGUGGCCAAACUGGGGCACCAACUUCAAGGUUUAGUUGGUCAUAUCGACCCAAGUAAACAUUUCAGUCUGAGACUGAUUUUAUCGAUAUCAGAUUGUCAGACCACAACCUUACAAGACAUAAAGGGAUACAGCAUAAUUAAAUACCAGUUCGUAGACUUUUGUAUGCAUAAAAACAGACAUGAAAACACGCGCACACGCACACAAACUAAUGUGUGUAUGUAUAUACAUCUAUAAGUGCACGUGAAGAAUAUAGUAACAAAUGAAAUUCCAGCUUAGUCUGAUUUUCACAUUUUAUUAUUUACAAUUUUUACAAUUUUACAACAUUGAAAUAAACUAGUGCUUUCAUGUGUUGCGCAAUCGUCAGGUUUAUGUUAAGGCGUCGAGCUGGCAGAAACGUUAACACGCCGGGCGAAAUGUUUCGCGGUAUUUCAUCUGUCUUUACGUUCUUAGUUCAAAUUCCUUUCGGGGUCAAUAAAUCAAGUACCAGUUGCGUACUGGAGUCGAUCUAAUCGAAUGGCCCCCUCUCCAAAAAUUCGGGCCUUGUGCCUAGAGUAGAAAAGAAUCAUCAGGGUUAUGUAGUGACAGUCGUGUUCCACAAUUGACAAUUGUCUUGAAAUCGUUAGAUUUUCCUUUAAAUACCCUCCGAUGGGCUCCAGCAGGCUGAAUCUUACAAACUGUACUUUGACCAAUCAAUGUGUGGCUUAGAGGCCACAGUUACACAUAUACAUAUGUGAGUGUGUGUUAGGAAAAUAAUGUUAACCAACAGAAAACUUUCUCCAAGUGUCUUCGAUAUAUUACAACUAGUAGCUUUAUUGAAAUCAGUUCUUCAGGUGAUUAUUUUAAUUCACACUUAUACCUUGAUUGCUGAGGUAACAAUAAAGUAAAAAAAAUUAAUGAAAAAGGUUCUUGAACUAUCCACAGUGUUAGUGGUUCUCCAAGAAUUUUUUUUUUAUUUUGUCUAUUUUCAUGAUUCCGAGAAAAGAAAUUGAAACAAUAAGCUAUACACGUAUCCUACUCCAUACAUUUGCUUACCUUGUCUAGUGACUUUACACGUGAAUAUUCCUAUAACUCUGUAAAGAUCUGAUAGCUGAUGUACGGAAACACUGUUACAAUUGAAUGGUGUAAGAAUAAUAUCUAGCCGAGAGGAGACACUCUACUUUACUUUCGUCCCUAUUUUAAACGUUUAAUUUGAUUGAUAUUAAUAUGUUGCAUUGUUCGUCAUAUUUACUCUGUGUUGUAUGAAAAAGUAUUUCACUCUAUCUUACAGAAACAAGAAGAAAGAGUGAGAGAAAGUUGUAGUGAAUGGGUACAGCAGGGGUCACCACCACCCCCUGCUGGAGCCUCGUGGAGCUUUAGGUGUUUUCGCUCAGUAGAUACUCACAACGCCCGAUCUUGGAAUCGAAACUGCGAUCCUACGACCGCGAGUCUGCUGCCCUAACCACUGGGCCAUUGCGCCUCCACACCAACGUUAUAUAAUAAAAAUAAUAAACUGCAAGGAUAUCAUACCCACAAUUUAACCAUGGUGCUUGAGAUGGAAAUAGGUUUUACAGAAGAGAAUACAUAUGAUAGACAGAUCAAUACUAGAAUAUUAAAGAAAAUAAAUACUUAAAAUAGCAACACGUAUAUAAUGCUUAAUACAACGUGUCUGCAUCUCGGCUAAAAUUUAGUUUUGUAAUUUUAAAAUAUAUUUAUCAAUGUUUUUCUUACACCAGUGCUGAAUCAUGCGUUUCAUCCUAAACUUGACGAUAUAGGAAUAUUUCUAGAUUAGCUUAUACGUGUAUUUAGUUGUUUCAAUCUAAUUCUAUCUAUCUGUUCAUCCUUCUUUCUAUCUAUACGCGUGUGUGCGUGCGUGCGUGCAUGUAUGUAUGUUUGUGCGGGUGUACGUGUAGAAGUGUACACACAUUCAAAAUCACUUGUCUCAGCAAUCCAUGAAUUGAGGUGGAUUAAAAUGAUUACUUGAAGAACCGAUUAUGCUGAAACUAUCCGUUGUAGUGUGAUCAAAAGACAAUCAAGUUUUCGAAUACACACACACACACAUAUAUAUAUAUAUAUAUAUAUAUAUAUAAUAUUAUGGGAAUGAGAAAUGAACUCAUACAAACCUCGUGGACGUAGUCGAUACACAUUUACCAAUAAGGAAUAUAUAAAAAAACAAGUUCCUUCAUUUUAUAAUCAAACGAGAAACUUGCUCAAUUAAUG